AUGUCUGGAAGGCUGUGGUACAAGGCUAUUUUUUCUAGCUACAAGCGAGGUCUCCGGAACCAAAGAGAGCACACAGCUCUUCUUAAACUUGAAGGUGUUUAUGCCCAGGGUGAAACUGAAUUCUACUUAGACAAGAGAUGUGCUUAUGUGUAUAAAGCAAAACACAGCACAGUGACUCCUGCAGGCAAACAAAACAAAGCCAGAGUGAUCUGGGGAAAAGGAACUCGGGCCCAUGGAAACAGUGGCAUGGUUCGUGCCAAAUUCCGAAGCAACCUUCCUGCGAAGGCCGUUGGACACAGAGUCCCUGUGAUGCUGUGCCCUUCCCGGAUUUAA